GGUUUUUCUUGCUGCAUUAUCAGAGUAGAUGAGUAGAGCUGUCAUUCUAGAAUCCCUUUUCAAGUUUUGAGCCAUUGAAUUCUUCCUAAGUCUUAAAAAAGUUAUUGAUAAUGUCUGCAGCAAACAAGCUUUUUGAUAAGUCUGCAAUUACUAACCAAUUCUAAACGUUGUUCGUGUCCCUUUCCUUCCUAAAUGAGUUUUCUUUGAAGGGAUUUCUUUAAUUGCUUGACAUUGAUGAUUUCCAUCAGAUGAACUAUCUAUAAAUCCAUAAUGCACUAAUUAUCCUUAACUGCAACUGUCUCUUAGGGACUAAAAAGCAUUAAUGAAGUUGGAUUCUACUUGGAAAUUCUGUUGAGGACUGUAUUUCGAAUACUCGGGUCACGAUUCUCUGGCAUUACUCAACAGCAUAUGAUGCUUGCUUAAACACACCAGAAAUUUACUCAGAAUUCUGCUACUGAAGAUUUGCUGCUAGUAGCCUGGUUAGAAUGUGUAGGAUGGUUGAGUCUUCAGUGCCAGCUGAGGUUGCAGUGGUGGAAGUUCAACUGAAUGACAAUGUGGCUGUUCUUCCGGGACAAAAAUCAGGAGCAUUGGAACAGAAAAGUUAUGAAAAUUUGGUUUACAAGAAGAAAUCUCUGCGAGCUCGUUAUGCUUAUGGCACGAUUUUCUUGAUUAUGAAUCUUAUAGCUUGGUUCUUUCGUGACUAUGGAGACAAAAUUCUCCCUCUACUACAGUAUUCAAAAGCUUGUAGAGCUGGACAUACUGGUUGUUUUCAUGUGUUGGGAGUUCUUCGUGUGAGUUUAGGAUGCUUUAUAUUCUUCUUUACAUUGUUUCUUACAACAUUAAAUACAAGCAAAGUAUAUGAAGCCCGCAACAAAUGGCAUUCUGGAUGGUGGAUUCUGAAGUGUGUUAUACUGAUCAUCUCAGUGGUCAUUCCAUUCUUCAUCCCUUCUGAUUAUGUUCAAAUAUACGGUGAAAUCGCGCGCAUUGGUGCAGGUGUGUUUCUUGUUCUCCAGCUCAUAAGUGUCAUUGAGUUCAUUACAUGGUGGAAUAACUACUGGAUGCCGGAAGAUAAGAAGCAUCGCAGCUGCUCUCUUGGGCUAUUCAUGUCAACAAUAUUUUACAUUGCAUCAGUCUUCGGCAUUGUUUUGAUGUAUGUGCUCUAUGCCUCAAAACCGUCCUGUGCUCUCAACAUAUUCUUCAUCUCCUGGACUGGAGUAUUGCUGGCAGUUAUGAUGGUUAUAUCCUUACAUUCAAAGGUGAAUAGAGGACUGUUAUCUUCUGGUAUUAUGGCUUCUUACAUCGUUUUCCUUUGUUGGAGUGCUAUUAGAAGUGAACCUGCAACAGCAAAAUGCAGCCCUCAGACCCAAGAGAGCGGACAUGGGGGUUGGACAACAGUAAUUGGAUUUCUUAUUGCCAUUUGUGCUAUUGUCAUGGCAACUUUUUCCACAGGAAUCGAUUCACAAACAUUUCAGUUUCGGAAAAAUGAAGUUCAGUUGGAGGAUGAUAUUCCAUACAAGUAUGGGUUCUUCCACUUGGUAUUUUCCUUGGGGGCUAUGUACUUUGCAAUGCUAUUCAUCAGCUGGAAUCUUGACAGCUUGACAAGAAAGUGGAGCAUUGAUGUUGGCUGGUCUAGUACUUGGGUCAAGGUUGUCAAUGAAUGGUUUGCAGCCACAAUAUACUUGUGGAAGUUGAUUUCGCCGGCACUUAGAGAAACUAGAGUUACGCAUCACGAUCCUUUGCAGGGAUUUUGAAACCGAGUUCAUCUGCACUGUUUGUUUGCUUCCUCUGUUCAUAUACGCAAUAAUUGAAGGUGUAUGAUUUCCAUUCUUUAGGAUCAUUAAAUGUGGUGAUGCAACUGUGUAUCAGAGGAAGAGAUGAUUUUCUCAUCGGAUAAAGCCUUUCGAUUCACCUUGCCAGAACUGAAGAACAAGGCACAUAACUGCUUUGUUAUGAGAUUUUCAUUUAUGUAGACCACCAUAAUAAUCCCAUCGCCACUCUCCCCAAGCUUUUGAUGAUUCAAAUACGUUAGAGUAAAUCUGAACGUCAUGGCCAUGGCUUAAAUCUUAAUCUGUUUCAAACUUUCGGUUCUCUAGGAAUCAGGUUUAUUUUCGGCCAAAGCUACCUCAACAAAAAUCUUUGCCACAUUUUCACUGGUGCUAUCUCUUCGAGAUCCUAAUUCAUUAUUCAUAUUAUUGAAGAUUCGGGAUUAAGGUAAACGGUGAGCUACUUUGCGCUAAUCAUACAAAAGGUAGAUUGACAAGAUACCAGAAAACCAAACAAUCAGACCUGAUUAUAUGAUGUGCUUCUUUUCGAAGAGUCUGGAAAAUUUAGCAUACUCCUAACGUCCACAAAAUUAGGCCAUAGCACAAACACAAGAAGAUACUACUCUUGCAAACUUCAGAAAAUACAAAUUCAAAGGAAGCCCAGCCAAUCAAAGCCAGAUCAUGACAACGGUGCACUAAAACUAACCAGACUGAGUAUUGACCUACCAAAGCGUGGUAAAUAACCACAACAAUGGACAGGAAAAAGGGAACUACACUGAAGUCCACAACAUUGGUCCUUUUGAACAUUACCUUAGCACAGAGCAAAUAAUUCACAUGCAAAUGUAGCAGGACACAGGAGCAACUGGAUUAGAUUCUGACCAGCUGAAGAGUAAC